AUGAAACCUGACUGCCAGAUGUCAGCGCAGCUCAUCUACUCUGGUAACCACAUCCUGGCCCUCAUCCACAUUAUGGGUAGGUCUAACUGUGUCCUACACCAGGCCCAGGCCUACUUCCCCCAGCCCCCCAGCCUCAGGCCUACUUCCCCCAGGCCUACUUCCCCCAGCCCCCCAACCCAUGCCUACUUCCCCCAGCCCCAUGCCUACUUCCCCCAGCCCCCCAACCCAUGCCUACUUCCCCCAGCCCCAGGCCUACGUCCCCCAGCCCCCCAGCCUCAGGCCUACUUCCCCCAGGCCUACAUCCCCCAGGCCCCCAGCCCCAGCCCCCCAUACCAAACCGCCACUGCCAGGCCCCCAGCCUCAGGCCUACUUCCCCCAGGCCUACUUCCCCCAGGCCUCCAGCCCCAGCCCUCCAGCCCUAUGCCUACUUCCCCCAGCCCCAGCCCCAUGCCUACUUCCCCAGCCGCCCAGCCCCAUGCCUACUCCCCCAGCCCCCAGCCCCAUGCCUACUUCCCCCAAGCCUACUUCCUCCAGGCUCCAGCCCCAGCCCCCCAGCCUCAGGCCUACUUCCCCCAGCCCCAGCCCCCAGCCUCAGGCCUACUUCCCCCCAGGUCUCCAGCCUCAGGCCUACUUCCCCCCAGGGCCCCACCCCCAGCCCCAGCCCCCAGCCUCAGGUCUACUUCCCCCAGGCCUCUAGCCCCCCAGCCUCAGGCCUACUUCCCCCAGGCCCCCAUCCCCAGCCCCCCAGUUUCAGGCCUACUUCCCCCAGCCCCCCAGGCUCAGGCCUACUUCCCCCAGGCCUACUUCCCCAGGCCUCCAGCCCCAUGCCUACUUCCCCAGCCCCCCAGCCCCAAGCCUACUUCCCCCAGCCCCAUGCCUACUUCCCCCAAGCCUACUUCCCCCAGGCCUCCAGCCCCAGCCCCCCAGUUUCAGGCCUACUUCCCCCAGGCCCCCAGCCCCAGCCCCCCAGCCUCAGGCAUACUUCCCCCAGGCCUCCAGCCCCAUGCCUACUUCCCCCAGCCCCAUGCCUACUUCCCCCAGGCCUACUUCCCCCAGCCCCCCAGCGCAAUGCCUACUUCCCCCAGCCCCCCAGCCCCAUGCCUACUUCCCCCAGGCCUACUUCCCUCAGGCCUCCAGCCCCAGCCCCCAGCCUCAGGCCUACUUCCCCCAGGAACCCCAGCCCCAUGCCUACUUCCCCAAGCCUACUUCCCCCAGGCCUCCAGCCCCAGCCCCCAGCCUCAGGCCUACAACCCCAGCCCCCCAGCCCCAUUUCUACCUCCCCCAGGCCUCCAGCCCCAUGCCUACUUCCCCCUGGCCUACUUCCCCCAGGUCUCCAACCCAGCCCCCCAGCCUCAGGCCUACUUCCCCCAGCCCCAAGCCCCCAGCCUCAGGCCUACUUCCCCCAGGUCUCCAGCCUCAGGCCUACUUCCCCCAGGGCCCCACCACCAGCCCCAGCCCCCCAGCCUCAGGUCUACUUCCCCCAGGCCUCUAGCCCCCCAGCCUCAGGCCUACUUCCCCCAGGCCCCCAUCCCCAGCCCCCCAGUUUCAGGCCUACUUCCCCCAGCCCCCCAGGCUCAGGCCUACUUCCCCCAGGCCUACUUCCCCCAGGCCUCCAGCCCUCCAGCCUCAGGCCUACUUCCCCCAGGCCUCCAGCCCCAUGCCUACUUCCCCCAGCCCCCCCAGCCCCAAGCCUACUUCCCCCAGCCCCAUGCCUACUUCCCCCAAGCCUACUUCCCCAGGCCUCCAGCCCCAGCCCCCCAGUUUCAGGCCUACUUCCCCCAGGCCCCCAGCCCCAGCCCCCAGCCUCAGCGCAAUGCCUACUUCCCCCAGCCCCCCAGCCCCAUGCCUACUUCCCCCAGGCCUACUUCCCUCAGGCCUCCAGCCCCAGCCCCCCAGCCUCAGGCCUACUUCCCACAGGAACCCCAGCCCCAUGCCUACUUCCCCUUUCUACCUCCCCCAGGCCUCCAGCCCCAUGCCUACUUCCCCCAGGCCUACUUCCCCCAGGUCUCCAGCCCCAGCCCCCCAGCCUCAGGCCUACUUCCCCCAGGUCUCCAGCCUCAAGCCUACUUCCCCCAGCCCCCCAGCCUCAGGCCUACUUCCCCCAGGCCUCCAGCCCCCCAGCCUCAGGUCUACUUCCCCCAAUCCCCCAGCCCCAUGCCAUAUUCCCCAAGGCCUACUUCUCCCAUGCCUCCAGCCCCAGCCCUCCAGCCCUAUGCCUAUUUCCCCCAGCCCCCCAGCCCCAUGCCUACUUCCCCCAGCCCCAUGCCUACUUCCCCCAGCCCCCCAGCCCCAUGCCUACUCCCCCCAGCCCCCCAGCCCCAUGCCUACUUCCCCCAAGCCUACUUCCCCCAGGCCUCCAGCCCCAGCCCCCAGCCUCAGGCUACUUCCCCCAGCCCCCCAGCCUCAGGCCUACUUCCCCCAGGCCUCCAGCCCCAUGCCUAUUUCCCCCAGGCCUACUUCCCUCAGGCCCCCAGCCCCCCAGCCUCAGGCCUACUUCCCCCAGGCCCCCAGCCUCAGGCCUACUUCCCCAGGCCUCCAGCCCCAGCCCUCCAGCCCUAUGCCUACUUCCCCCAGCCCCCCAGCCCCAUGCCUACUUCCCCCAGCCGCCCAGCCCCAUGCCUACUCCCCCCAGCCCCCCAGCCCCAUGCCUACUUCCCCCAAGCCUACUUCCUCCAGGCUCCAGCCCCAGCCCCCCAGCCUCAGGCCUACUUCCCCCAGCCCCAGCCCCCCAGCCUCAGGCCUACUUCCCCAGGUCUCCAGCCUCAGGCCUACUUCCCCCAGGGCCCCACCACCAGCCCCAGCCCCCAGCCUCAGGUCUACUUCCCCAGGCCUCUAGCCCCCAGCCUCAGGCCUACUUCCCCCAGGCCCCCAUCCCCAGCCCCCCAGUUUCAGGCCUACUUCCCCCAGCCCCCAGGCUCAGGCCUACUUCCCCAGGCCUACUUCCCCCAGGCCUCCAGCCCUCCAGCCUCAGGCCUACUUCCCCCAGGCCUCCAGCCCCAUGCCUACUUCCCCCAGCCCCCCAGCCCCAAGCCUACUUCCCCAGCCCCAUGCCUACUUCCCCCAAGCCUACUUCCCCAGGCCUCCAGCCCCAGCCCCCACCCCAUGCCUACUUCCCCAGGCCUACUUCCCCCAGCCCCCCAGCGCAAUGCCUACUUCCCCAGCCCCCAGCCCCAUGCCUACUUCCCCCAGGCCUACUUCCCUCAGGCCUCCAGCCCCAGCCCCCCAGCCUCAGGCCUACUUCCCCCAGGAACCCCAGCCCCAUGCCUACUUCCCCAAGCCUACUUCCCCCAGGCCUCCAGCCCCAGCCCCCCAGCCUCAGGCCUACAACCCCAGCCCCCCAGCCCCAUUUCUACCUCCCCCAGGCCUCCAGCCCCAUGCCUACUUCCCCUGGCCUACUUCCCCCAGGUCUCCAGCCCCAGCCCCCCAGCCUCAGGCCUACUUCCCCCAGGUCUCCAGCCUCAGGCCUACUUCCCCCAGGCCCCCACCACCAGCCCCAGCCCCCCCAGCCUCAGGCCUAUUUCCCCUUAUCCCCCAGCCCCAUGCCUAAUUCCCCCAGGUCUACUUCCCCCAGGCCUCCAGGCCCACCCCUCCAGCCCCAUGCCUACUUCCCCCAGCCCCAUGCCUACUUCCCCAGGCCUACUUCCCCCAGCCCCCAGCCCCAUGCCUACUUCCCCCAGGCCUACUUCCCCCAGGUCUCCAGCCCCAGCCCCCCAGCCUCAGGCCUACUUCCCCCAGGUCUCCAGCCUCAGGCCUACUUCCCCCAGGCCCCCACUACCAGCCCCAGCCCCCCAGCCUCAGGCCUACUUCCCCCAAUCCCCCAGCCCCAUGCCUAAUUCCCCCAGGUCUACUUCCCCCAGGCCUCCAGCCCUAGCCCCUCCAGCCCUAUGCCUACUUCCCCCAGCCCCCCAGCCCCAUGCCUACUUCCCCAGCCCCAUGCCUAUUUCCCCCAGCCCCCAGCCCCAUGCCUACUCCCCCCAGUCCCCCAGCCCCAUGCCUACUUCCCCCAAGCCUACUUCCCCCAGGCCUCCAGCCCCAGCCCCCCAGCGUCAGGCCUACUUCCCCCAGCCCCCCAGCCUCAGGCCUACUUCCCCCAGGCCUCCAGCCCCAUGCCUAUUUCCCCAGGCCUACUUCCCUCAGGCCCCCAGCCCCCAGCCUCAGGCCUACUUCCCCCAGGCCUCCAGCGCCAGCCCCCAGCCCCAUGCCUACAUCCCCAGCCCCCAGCCCCAUGCCUACUUCCCCCAGGCCUACUUCCCCCAGGCCCCCAGCCCCAUGCCUACUUCCCCCAGGCCUCCAGCCCCAUGCCUACUUCCCCCAGGCCUCCAGCCCCCUGCCACAGACCUACUUCCCCCAGGCCCCUAG